AUGCCGCACAACGCCAGCCACCAGAACAGCACGGUCCGUGGCGAUCAGAACUGGAAGGAGCAGGACAGGGACAGGGAGGGAGAGUGGGUAGGCGAAGAGAGCGGCCCUGCCUGCAGUACCUCCUCCCCAUUCCCACCUGAGCCUCCAGGGCCCGCAGGCAGCAGCACCCCUGUCUACUGUGCCCUCCUGGCCACCGUGGUCCUCGGUCUGCUUGCCUACGUGGCCUUCAAGUGCUGGCGCUCCCAUCAGCAGAGACGGCAGCUGGCCAAAGCGCGGGCUGCAGAGCCAGGCGGCCUCGACGGGGCCCCGCAACACGGGGAGCGCGGGGUCUCCCCGGACUCUCCUGAUGGCCCGGCGCCCCGUGCCCCCAGCCAGGGGCCACAGCCAGAGCCCGGCCGCCGGCUUUACCUCCAUCUCCCUCGGCAGCAGCGGGAGGAAGUGGAGCGGCUCCUGGGAGGGCCAGGCGACCCCGACAAGGGCUGGCAGGGCCUGGCAGGCCGCCUGGGCUACCAGACCGAGGCUGUGGAGACCAUGGCCCAGGGCCGGGGGCCUGCCUGUGCCCUGCUGAGGGACUGGGCUGUCCAGGGAGGCAGCGGCGCUACCCUCAGCGUGCUGGAGGAGGCCCUGGCCGCCAUGGGCCGUGAAGACGUGGUCCAGGUGCUGGGCCUCCCGCCUGGGGGCUGCUCUGUGGUGUGA